AUGACGAGUGUGGCGGUGCUGCUCCUUUACCUGGCCUCCGCCUUUAAGUACAUUAAUGGCCUGGCAGCGUUUGUGGUGUACAACUUUGUCAUUUGCUACUUUGGAACUGAGGUCACCAUAGCGUCAAACCAGUUGUCUGUUCACACAGUAGAUUAUCCCACCAAUUACGACCAGAAAAAUGAGCUUGGCAAGGCAGUAUUAAUCCCAAACCAGAUGCGGUUGGAGGAGUUCAUGAAGUACCCGGACUGGCUCUGUAGAAUGGCACUACUGCCGAAAUACCAUUGGAGAGGCAGACAAUCUUCGGCCGAACAUUUUUCCUUGGCCAAACGCAUUGUUCUAAUGGUGGGACUCCUUCACUUGGCUUAUCACAAUUUCGGAUGCAUUAUGUAUGGCUAUCAUGUCGAUAGAACCUCCAAGGAUCCCUUUCGGUAUGUGGCGGAACUAGCCACUGUGGGCAGCAUGCUCGGAUUCACCGUAGUGGGGACCCUCAACCUGUGGAAGCUGCUGUACUUUAAGCCAGAAAUUGAGGAUAUGCUGGGAGACUUCGAAGAACUGUUUAAACUCGCCGACACGAAUACACAUCGUGCUAGCAUGUACUACCAGGGCUAUACGCGAUUUAUAAAAGGACUAGUGUUCAAACAUGAACACGUGAUUGCCUUCUCUUCAUCAAUUGUCUACUAUGACUCACUACCUUUGACCCUAAUGCUUUGGGAACACUUCAUGACGGAGUCAAAGGAGCUGAGUUACCAGAUUCAGAGCAGUACCUGGUAUCCCUGGCAGAUCCAAGGCUCAGUCCUUGGCUUUGGUGCUGCGUUUAUCCUUCAGACUUUCUCGUGUCAGCUGCUAAUGGCCUCCAUUAUGAUAAGUCAGUACCUCGUCAGCUUCUGCGGUACUCAGUUGGAAAUCCAUUUCGAUGGCUUGGCCAGGCAACUGGAGGCCCUUGACGCUCGUCACCCCACGGCCAAGGAUCAGUUUUCCAAAUGGCAAACAAGUUUAACGACGGCGACCAUUGGAAUGUGCUUUUUGGCCUUCUCCAUGACCAUGUUCGAGGUGGGCGAAGCCGUCAAGCACUUGCUGGAACUGAUUAUAUUCGUGAUAUUUUACCAUGUGUCGCGAUGGCACUCAUUUGACUUUUGCGGUUCAUUUUUCAAAGAAAAUUAA